GCUGGGGACAUUUCUUUUUAUACGUUGCUAUUUAAAGAAAAAUUUAAGAAUGACGACGAAGAGGAUCUCAUUGUUUGGCAAACUGAAAAAUGGAGCUUUCUCUAAUCGCCUCAUGCGAAAUGAAAGAUUCAACUCCACUAUCGCAACAAAAGCAAUGGAUGACUUCAUCGAUGAUCCAGAGGUAGCCAAAAGGAAAUCACAUAUCAAACUGCAUUUGACUGGUAAGCCCUUUGACGGUGUGGAUGACUAUUCAACGCCAAAUCAUUAUGCCAUUCAUACCGUGGACAAACUUAAUCCUGAUAUCAUUCCUUCUCCGUUUGUUUAUCUCGACGAAACUGCUGCUUUAAAUAUGAUUCUCAAUCAAAGUUCGCAAUCUAAAGAUCUUGGUAAAUACGACUAUUUUUUGAGAAUGAAAUGGGAUAAUGUAGGGAACUUCGAUGACAAGAUAGAUAUAAUACUAAACUGGCAAAAGAGAUUUAAAAAAGAUUACAAGUCAAUUUCUCCUUCGGAUAGUAGUAUUAAAUUGAAGUUUUCUGAUGAUCUGAGACGUGCAAUGUUGGACGCAAUUGCUGACGAGGCGAAUUUUGAUCUCAAAGUUGCUUUAGACAGUCUUUCCGACUCAUUUCCUAAAUACUCUUUUGAGAGUUUGGCUCUGUUGUUCAUUAAAAUAAUACCAGAGCUUCCGGCUUCAAAGCAAAAGGCCUUUAUCAACAGUAUGAAUGAUUUUUUUCCGCAGAACAUACUACAUUUUCACGACCAGGUCUUGGAAUCGAUUUGCUUUGAAUUGGUUAUCCAGAAAAAAGUCCAAUCAGUAACCACAAUUUUUCGUGCGUACAACGAAUUCAGCCAUUCAGAGCCUGAGCUUCUUAAAGUUGUCUCGAAAUCGUUCUGUGAACUUUAUUUGAAAGGGCUUCUAGAGGUAAGGGAUGUUCAAACCGCAAGACAGGUACUAAAAACGAUAGUAGACGCAAAUUAUAUCCCCAGCGCAGACAUUCUGACAAACUAUUUUGAGCUUGUAUCCGAUGUAUGUAACCAAGCCAAUGCGCCGAAAGAUAAAAAGGAAAUGUUAUUCAAUAUUUUCACACAGCCAGUCAGCAGCGUAAUAUUGCAAGAAGGUAUGUUGAAUAAGCGAAUUUUGAGAACCAUAUCAUCAUUUAUUCGUCUAGCAGUGCUUCCUCAAUUCAUUGACUACUUGAAAUUAAGUUCAAAUUUCAAAAGCAUGAGUUACAUACCAGAUGUCAUAAUAGAAAGAAUUAUGGGCUCACAUACGUAUAGUAUCCAAUCUGACCAACAAAAAGCCAUUUUUUUGUCAAGUAUCCUCAAAUUGCUGGACUUAGAUAUGAGUAGUCUAGCAGAUGUCACCAAAAAGAAAAUUAUCAAACUCUAUGCUGAGUCACAUUCACCUCUAGCUGUGCUUUUUUGGAAUAAAAACUUGAAGGAGCCCCUUUCUGAAAUUGAGAAAUCUGAUUUCUGUGGAGCCCUUCAAGGAGUUACGAAUAAUGUAUCGGGAUCAUAUGAUAUUUCGAGUAAAAUAUAAAUGAUAAGGCAUUUGCGGUUGAUUUUCUAUAGAUACAUUUGUAAAUAACGCUGUAUAUAACUAAUAGCAAGAUAUGUCAAUCUAGUUGUCGAACUUUUUCAGAAAUCUCUC